AUGCAUCUCUUCCGCCGAGGGACAUCCUCUCUCUUCAACUCCUCGAAUGUCUCCCUUGCCUCCUCCAAGACCGAUGCCACCACCGACGCCGUGGGUGACAAUGCCCUCGCCGCCGAGGGCUUCCAGAAAGUCGCAUCCAGCGACAAACUCUUCAAAACUGUGGACCCAGCUGUAGAUGGAGACGACUGCUUGCACGAUUGUGCUACGUGCACGGUCAAGUACCCCGCAAAAUUCGAUGUCGAUCACCAAGACGAACUAUAUGGACAGGUCAACGGGUGGGCAACACAUUUGCUCGUCGCAACCGGCAAAUCAGAUUGGGUCAGGGAUGUGGCAGAUGAGGAGGGAAGUGUCAUGGAAGCAAUUGAGAAGGGAGGACUGGAACCGAGCAAUGGGAGACUCAAGCUAUCAGCGUCGAACAUGCCCGUCCCAGACGAAUACCAUUUUGAAGAAAAAGGGAAGCAAGCAACCAACGUCCUCCUCCUGCCCAGCUUCACGGUCGUAGAGCACGUCACGCCGCAAUUGGUUCCAGACCUAAUUGAGAACUUUGUCAACAAAGCCUUGACUACCACAUCACCCCUAGGCGGCGCAUCACUCGCAUUAUCGCCUCCGCCCUCCCCGGACAGCUCAUCCGAACAACCGGACUCAACCAAGCUGCCGCACCCAUCCACCACAUCCAUCUCGUCCCUCGCAUCCCACCCUAGCCCACACGCAGCCGUUAUUCUGCUCUGCUCGCAACGCACGCGCGACGCCCGCUGUGGCCAGUCCGCACCGCUCCUCCGAAAGGAGUUCGAGCGUCACUUGCGACCGCUCGGGCUGUACCGCGACAUGGACGACCAGAGACCUGGCGGUGUGGGCAUCUACUUCAUCAGUCAUGUUGGUGGACAUAAAUACUCUGCCAAUGUGAUUGUCUACCGGCGCCGAGACUUUGACUGGUACAAGCGGGAGCCGGUUGAGGGUGUGGAUGGUGAGGAUGAGGGUGCUGCGCAGGGCAUCUGGCUUGCUCGUGUGCGCCCUGAGGAAUGUGAGAAUAUCAUCAAGUAUACUGUUCUGCAGGGUAAAUUGCUCAAGCCUGACUCGCAGUUGCGGGCUGGGUUUGAUCGAGAGCGUGGUGUGACGAGUUGGUAA